UAUAAUGUGAAUCAUUGUGAUUCUGAAAUAUCGAAUUUCAUUUGUGUAUUUUGACGUGAGCGUAAUCGGUUGUGCAUUUCCUAUUUGUGUUAGUAAAUUAUGUUGAAUGCAAUUACGUGACUGAUGUAUUAAGAAUUGAGUAUUUUUUCUAAAACAGUGUAAUUACUACGCAAUCAUGGCGUUGAGCGCCGUUGCGGAAGAUUAUUUUCGUUCUAUGAAUCCUCUCGCCUCAAAAAUUCACGAAGAUAUUACAGAAGCAAAAAAUUCAUAUGAAAACAUUUGGGAUACGCUCACGGACAAGGAAAAGGCGGAAAUUAUAAAUGAAUCAAUAAUUAAACCUGAAAUAGUACUCAAAUAUGCUUUGCUUGAAAGUUUAGAAUUUGAUUUGAAUGAGCCACCGGUGCAAAAAGAUAAUUUAAUGUCUUUUUUUGGAUGUGAACAUGGAUUAAGAAUGAUACAAGACGAGAACGCAUCGUAUCGCGACGAACACUCUGCCCCUUUCAUUUAUCAGACGAAAAGUCAACUUAAUUUGUGUGUGCUGAGUGAGCACAGAGUGUCUAAAGAUGUGAAGUGUACGUCGCCGCCACCGAUAAUGACUGAACUGGCGCUAUCUCAUUCGAAAGUCGUUAAUGAAUUAAAAAACGCUUUAAAAUCUCACGAUGUAUUGAAAAGCACUUUUAAAGAUAAAGAAUCCCAUGACAGGGAUGUGAUAUCACCCACUGGGUUCAUAACUAAGUUUAUGGGUAAUUUUAAAAGCAAGGAUGAGGAACGGGAGUGUUUAAUGCCAUCAUUACCUCAGACACAAAUCGUGGCCUCCUCGGAAAACUUUUUCAGAACGAAUUUUAAGAGUCCACCAAACGAUAGCAAAUUUGAUAAGGACUAUAGGAGCAGUGUCGUCAAAUCACAUAGCGAUCUCUCGGAAGAGAACAGAGGAUUGCUGUCCUCUAGCCAGGCGUCUUCAGGAACCGACUUCCAGUCCACGGAGACGCUGACAGAGACCGGCACGCUACCAAAGACAGGUUACGAUUUCUUAGACAACUGGUAAUAUAUGUAUCUGUAUAUUAUGUACGUUGUUAAAACCCCGGCCGCAGUAUGGCCUUUAAUAUAUUCUCAAUACAUAAUCGAAUUCCAUUCGAAUUUCAAAUGAUAGAACUUUUUUUUUUUAUUUGUCAUUCGAUCGUUUGAUGUUUGUGAAUUAUAGUUAUAGGCAAAAAUCUCAAAUCUAUAAUUAAUACGUAAACUGCCCAACUCGUAACUUUUUUAUUUUUAUAUUUAACGUAAUGUUAAGUGAAAGAAACAUGUGCGAAAUAAAUAAAAAAAUACUAUCUUCGUGAGUCGUGAAUCCAAAUUCGAUACACAAGUGGGAGAUUGUUAAGAAUAUUUAACUUUAUGCUAUUUUAGUGAUUGAAAAAUAUCCAAAACGUCAUUAAUGUAAUGUAUAAUUUGAAGAUAAGUAUUCAUAAAACGUGAACAUGCUUCAUUUUAUAGUGUGCACAUAAAAGUACCAGCUAGGUAUGAUAGAAUUAUGAAAUACGUGAGCUGAAUGGCAUAUUGUUCGGACGUUGAUAGCGUGCGUUCCUCACAGAUCAGUUAUCAAAUGGACGAUAGGAAUUUGAAAUGGCAAAAUUUACCUUAAUUUUAUCUUGUUAUAAAUGUUGUAAUUUUACGCUUAAUUCAAUUUUAAACAAGAAAACGGUAUUUUCCUACAUCCAUGCCGUUACAAUGUCAUUGACCACAAGUCAUGAGCAACUGACAGGUGUCAGGAAAGCACGUCCUCAGUGGCUGAACUUUAAUGUCAUUUGUCUUUGAGAUGUAUUGUUACGAGAACAGAAUAUAGCGUUGAAUAUGCGUUUUCUUCGUAAAUCUCGUCUUAGUUUUAUUAUCCCAGUAUUAUAAUAUAAUAGUAUUUAUACAAUGUGUUAUUGUGAACUUAUCUUAUAUACAUUUUUUAUAUAAAUUAACUUGUGUGUCUUAUAUAUUGAAUACAUGUUUUUUUAUCUGUAAAUACUCAUAACAAAGCAAAAAGUUAAUAGCGGGAAAAGCGUUCAACUAAACACCGACAAGUGGAAAAGGAACGAACUAUUGUCAUUAUUGGCCAAUAUUUUUGCAAAUUAGCAAAUACGUACGUAUUGCAGUGUACGGACAAUGCAAAUACGCUAGGUAAAGUGAAGUGGCUUAGUCGAUGACGUGACGUCACUUCCUACGCAUGCAGAUUUCGUCACGAUAUUGUCCUUGGAUAUUAUAAACAAUUUUAUCACAGCGGUGCUUGUCUGGUUUUCGUGUUGUCCACACAACCAGCCAUCUCAUAGGCAUCAUUAACUCUUUCCAUGCGGGAUCAUGUCAUCUCGAUGUUGCCAUCUCCAUACGAGCGAUAUUUUAUGACGUCAGGUUUGCAGUAUGAUGGACGAGAUAUUUCGUCUCAACAAAGAUGCGUUUCAUUAAACUCUACACGUUUAUUAAACUCUAAUUAAACUCUUGUCAAAAAACUUGGUUGGCGUAUUAUUACGUCUCUAAAAAUAUGUAGACAACAUUGGCUUAGCAAUUGGUAUUGCAAUUUAUGUUUUGUAAAUGCUAGCAGAUAUAUUCCUAGUCUAGCCAAAAAUUUGUUUACUUAAAACGCUAACAGGGACUUCAAAUGUCUAAAUGCCUGCUGUCCUUGGAUCUCUAAGUCCAGACCUGGUUAUGGGGUCAUCACCUCUAUAUCAUGAAAAUACGUAAACCUAUCAACGACUCGUUACAUCGAGGCAAUCUGUAAUCUCAUUUAAAGACUGUUUGUUUAUUGUAAGUAUAUUUAUCUUAUGAAUUAUAUAAUGUAACCAACAUUACAUUAUUACGUCUUUCAUUCUGAUUAUUGUCACUAGAUGGCGCUGUUUAUCAUUUCAUACGAAUCGCACUAAACGCUAUCUAAUAAGUAAACUCUCACUAGAAACGCUGGUUCACUAGAAAAGUCGUAACUCAAAGCCAGAUUAACAAAAUAUUUAGCGUUUAAGUAAUUAUGUUUGUGGUUCAAGCUAUUUUGUAAGAACAAACUCGAGUAUGUCAGUAAUUGAAAUGCGAUAUUGACCAUUAUAAUCGUAACAUUACAAUAAUACACGAACCAAAAUAGUAUAUCAACAUAAGUCGGUUGUGCAUAUUUCACGGUUGAGUAAUGAAGUGAGUUCUUAUAGAAUAGCACUGAUGUUUGUUUGUAUUGUGUUAUGUACGCAUGCUCUCAAUUCUUCCUGCAUUUAUUUUUUUUAUUUUAUUUCUUAUAUGAAAAUGUGCUAUUAAUUAUGAUUAAUAUAAUAUUGAAAUGA